AGCUUCGGCCCCUUGACACGUAAACUAGGGAUUGAUUGAUUGAUUUUUGCCGUAUCGAAAACGUAAACUAAGGAACGUGAAAUUGUUUUAAUGCACAAUUCCCAGCCGGAUAAAACACUACAGUCCUUACAUACACGGUUGUACGAGCUACAACAGGGAAUACCCUUUUACUGAAACCCACGAAUAUAAAAAAAAAAAAAAGGUUUCUUUAACUGUUUCUUAUAGAUACAAAAUAUUUUACAACAAAGAGAUCUGAUACUGAAUGGGCUCAAAAAGUAAUCUUACCCAUCGCACAUGUAUGAAAAUACUUGUUGAUUAUAAUCGUAUUUGUUUUCAUAAGUGCAAAAAAUAAUACCGCUGGUUUUGCGCUUUUCAGACACAGAAAACACACAUUUUAGCCUGACGAGACAACGAAAAUAUACGAGAUUUAUCACCAAUAUUUGAUAUUUAGAACGAGCACCUGUUUGUGUCCCAUAUCUUCAUUUCCUACACUCAUGGAUUUAAAAUGGCCUAUCCUCGCUUUGUUGGUGACCCUUGUGGUCUGUUCCUCUGAGCGGCUGCAAAAAGUAUCCUCUCUACAAUUCCUCGUCACUGUUAACACGACCUUCAAUGACUGCAUAGCGACCAUUAAGACCCCAUGGCUGAAGCCUGGUUCAAAGGGAGAGAAAAUCUACGUGGGAGGAUGUGACGAGGGGCCGCUGAAUGUCAGUGUUGGCCCCGAGGAAACGGACAGCAAUUCUAUGAUCGUUCACUUAACAUUUUAUUCGUCUGUGAUAAUUGAUGCAUCUCCUCCUUCGUGUGAAAUCCUCUUCACGGGUUCCUAUCUCGUGCCAACGGCCAAAGAAAUGGGGAUGUCCCUUCUUCCAAACUGCUUUACAGGAGAUUCCCGGGAGGGUUAUCACAUGACCUAUUAUUGGUUCAAAAUAUUCGACUGGAAAUUCGGAUGAAGAUGUUGUUUAUGAAUUUCUGGCAUAAAAAUAUUUGUCAUUCGCCUUUGAAAUGUUUUUUUCAAUACACGUCUAUCUGAUCUGGUCUGAUUAUUUCAUGAGGCUGAUCAACAUUUUCUCUCGUACUUUUACAAAAUUAGGUAGAUUCUUUGAAACACUAGUACUACUAUUGCGUAUAUCAAUGUAGAGUUGUAAUUGCAUUUGAAAUGAAAAGGUGAAGAUUUAAUCUCAAAACUCUUAUAAAGAAUACAAAUUUAAGAGUAAGUAUAGUCAUGGACACAUUAGAAGUGGAAUCAGGUGUCUAGGAGGAUUUGAAAUAGUUUUAAAAUAGAAAAGUGAGAGGGCCGAGUGGUUAGAGCAUCGCGCUCAAAGAAAAUAUGAAUAAGUUAAUGCACACCGGAGAGAAAAAGCACCGGAAUUUAUCUUUGAGAAUAUUCUAAAGUACUUAUAUAUUCGACUGAAAUAUGAUUUAUUUUUUCGUGGUGCAUUCCCUUGCAGUUCGUCGAUACAAAUUUUGUGUUACACAUAUUUGCACGAUAUCAAAUGAAAUAGAAUUUCUGCUCUUUAUCAAAAGGUAGGGGGAAAAAAGAAAUUUAUUAAACUUACUUGAUAAUUACCAAGUAGAAUUACUUGACAAUACAACAUAUCUUUGGAUCAAAUGCUGUGUUUCAUACCGAUUGUUAGGCCAUUCUUGGCACACUGAUUUUGACUACGGAUAACUCCGUUUACCUGAUCAAAAUAUAGGGCUCACGGCGGAUGUGACCGCUUGACAGGGGAUGCUUACUCUGCCAAGGCACCUGAUCCCACCUUUGGUAUAUCCAGGGAUCUGUACUUACCCAACUCUUUAUUUUUUAUUGGUUAUAGGAAUUAUGAGAUUGAUCACUGUUCGUAAUCUUCGCCUUUCAUCUGUUCUCUAAAAUCAUUUUGUAUUUGCAGUAUGUUCACUUGACUUUCCACUCGUCAGUGAUAGAAGAUGCCUCUCCCCCGUCAUGCAUUAUCCCCUUUAAUGGGACAUACCUUGUUCCCACGGCCAUCCAUCCUGGAAUGUCACUGCUCCCCAACUGUUUUGUUAUGGACUCAAGAGAGGGAUACCAUAUGACGUAUUACUGGUUCAAAAUCUUCGACUGGAACUUGGGAUGAGCACAUAUCGCAUACAGAAAGUGUUUCACGUGAUACGCUUACGCGCGUGAUUAUUAUAUAUUUGAUUGAUUAAAAGGUAUUUGUUUAUCAUACAUGUAGAUA